CUGGCCGGGGAAGGCCGGGCCUCCGUAAGGGGCUGGGUUCGGGCCUCCUGCGGGCGCCGGGAGCGCUGCCGCGGUCCCUGUCCCUCCUCACCGCACCCCGGUGGCUUGUGCUCCUGUUUGUCGUUCUCCCCUAGGGAUGUCUCUGCCGUGAUUGCUGCUUAUACUUUACAAAGGAAUUUCGGUUGUUGGAGGCGUCGCUUCUCGUUUUAAGAUACGGAAAGGGACUCUUAACUGAAUUCUGCUUUUUUUUUUUUUUAGCUAUUUUUGUUUUAAAGUAGAGCCACUGUUGUUAAUUUUCAGUAUUGAGGAAUAUUACUGCGAAUUUGAACUGUUUACUAUGUGUUUUUAACAAAGAAGAUUUCUUUCACCUCAACUUCAAUUGAGCACUGAAGUUGCUGAGGACUCUUCCAAUAAAACCGAGCACACUUCAGCUGUCAGCAAGAACUGCAAUGGCUUGCGUUGCGAAGAAGUGCGGCAUUCGCUUUAAGCCUCCGUCCGUUAUCCUGAUCUAUGAAGAAAAGGACAAGGAAAAGACUCGCCAGCGCAUCAUGCCUGUCAGGAAUUUCUCCAAGUUCUCAGGUGUGGGUGGUUUUCUCUUCAGACUGCAGCAUAGCUGCAGAGCAGCUGAAGAAUAACCCUCGGCACAAGGCUUAUCUAGAAGGAGUCUCGCUACGUCAGCUGGAGAAGUUACACAGCUUGCUGAAAGGUCAUCUGAGAGGAGAGAGUCUGGCUGAGAGCCUGGAAAAGGUACAGCGGGAAGAGACCAUCGACCCAGAAGAGGAUAUGAACAAACUGGAUGACAAGGAGCUAGCCAAAAGGAAGAGCAUCAUGGAUGAGCUCUUUGAGAAGAAUAGGAAGAAGAAGGAUGACCCAGAUUUUGUCUACGAUGUGGAGGUUGAGUUUCCACAGGAUGAGCAGCUGGAGUCCUGUGGCUGGGAUGUGGAGUCAGGGGAAGAAGUCUGAUUCCAGACAAAGAUGACCUGGGUGGGCAGAGACAAAUCCCAUAUGCCUAGCAGAGAGAACGGUGUCAUCCUAAUUACUCUGCUGCAUCCUCUUCAGUUCAUCUAGUUCAUGAACUGAAUUACAUUGGCCAUGGAGGAUCGGAGGCCUAAGGUAUUGCACUGGUUUCAGGUUUAAAUGAACAUUAAGAAAUGGAAAUGGGACAGCUGAACUUGGGUGUUUUUGGGUGUUUUUAAUCUUUUCCUAUGUAAGAGUGCCUACAAUAAUUUAAAAUUAUUUCUCUCUCAUGUGUUUACAUUUCAGUCAGCUUUGCCUGAGAACCUCACCAACUUGCCUUGCUAUGAUUUCUGUUCAGCUUCAUUUGAAAAUAAAGCGUUAAAUAUUUAUAUCUUGGAAGCAACGUUAAAGCCUUAUUGUAUGCAUAUGGUAUUUACUGCUACUUGUUGUAAUGUUAAACGUGUACUAGGCUAUUUGCUGGAUGAAUCACCGCUGCAAUGAGCAUAUUACUCUCAUGUUCCCUAAGCAAUGCUUAAAUUUGCAGCUUCAGGUUACACAAAUAUAAAUCUUUAUUUUUAAGAAAUGGUAUAUUUAGAGAAUAAGUUGUUCUUGAAAGUACUCUGAAAAGGCAGUGAUUUCAAACUGAUGAAGUGGGGCCUUUUCCUUCCUUAUGCUGCCAGAGAUGAUGCUCUUUCAGUAAAUGCUCAGUUCUAGGAAAGUGUGCUUACACUAUUUGAAAAAAGUAGUAUGGUAGAAAGUCAUAGAGUCUAGGGGUGGUGUUAAACAAAACUUUUACCACCGCUGCAUCAUCAGACUACAGUUCCCAGCUUGCUCUAAAUAGC